UGCGUGUUCAUCUGGUCGUUGGAGAGCAAAAGAGGAGAGAUGAUAGGCUUAACUUCCAUCGCCAUUAACAGACCACUCAUUCUCUCCUCUCUAUCAGAUAAAACCAAUCCAGAUACUAAACCCAAAGUUCGCCGGAUCAACUCCGCGACACCACUACCACCGCCGUCAAUCCCAGCAGGAAAACAAGAGAAGAAACCCUCAGUUGCAGAAAUAGAACGAGCUAUUGGAGCAGGAAUUUUCAGAGAUCGUGACAUCAACAGUGAAUCCGAGCAAGAGAAAACGUUUUUUGAUUCAAUUUUGUCGAAUUCGAUUGGGAGAACGGAAGGGGAUGUGGAGAAGAAGCUUCGAGAGACUGGUGAAUGGAUAAUUGAUAAAACCGAAGGCCCAUCUCGCUCUACUGGGAAGAAUAUUCUGAAGGUGGUGUUCUUAUGGAUUCUUCCAUUGUGGAUCAUAUCAUUUCUUGUGGCUUCCGGUGUUGUAAAGCUCCCAAUCAUCUCCCCAUUUCUUGAUGAUCUGCUCAUGUGAAGUGAAACUCUCCAAUUUAUCAGGUUUCUUUUCUCCAGAAUCUCUUCGAUCUUGUAGCAUAAGCAUUUGAUACUACUCUGAUGCUUUUGCACUUCAAUAGAACAGAAAGGAAAUUGUAGAACACAUCUAAAGGAACUCUUUAAUUUAAUUGAAGUGAGAGUUCCGAAAGAA